UAGAAAAGGAGGGAUUUUUCAAAAAGUUGUUUCGAAUGUAGAAGGGAACAUAGAAGGCUUCUCGUAUACUUGUUUUAUAGUUUGUAGAUAUUAAAAAAUAAAAAUGGAUGGCAAGUUCUACACACCUUCACUAUGUGAUGCUACACUUAGUUCAGACACUCCAUCAGAAGAUGAAGAUAAAUUGAGAAGAAAAUUAGUGGAUGAAUUUGUAGAUGUGUCUGAAAAAGUGAAAGUUUAUUUGAGAAUUAGAGCAUCUAAGUUAAAUGAAAGAAAUAAGGAUUGUAUUGAAGUUAUUGAUAAGAGCACAGUAAUCAUGCAUCCAUUACAUAAGACUUUAUUCACAAAGACACAUAGUCAAGAUACUAGUAAGUUAAGCCAGAAAUUUAUUUUCACGGAAGUCUGCGGACCAGAAGUUGGACAAGAAGAAUUCUUUAAUAUAACAAUGAGCGAUACAAUAAAACAGUUUAAUGAUGGACAAAAUUGUUUAAUAUUUGCAUAUGGAAUAACAAAUUCUGGAAAAUCAUAUACAAUUCAAGGAAAGCCUUCGCAGCCUGGUCUGAUUCCACGAACUUUAAGCAUUAUUUUUAAUAACAUACAGGGAUAUCAAAUGAAGAGUCCUUUAUUUAAACCAAAUUACUCAAAUGAAGUAACAUGUCUGUCCGACAAACAGCAAAAAGAGGAACUGUUGGCUAAAAAAUUACUAUUAGGUGUAAUUGAUAAUGAACUAACAGAUGAUGAUUCAGAAGUAAGUUGUACAUACAGCAGCUCAAUGAGAUCAGCUUCCCUUCAGUCGUCCAACACAUCUAAUGAUGCCACAAACAAAUAUAAUUUAUUCAAAAAUCAAGAUAAUCUUUCUGUUGUGCCUUGUGAAGAAAAUGAUUCAUCGGAUCAUAAGAAAACUGUAUAUUUGAUAUGGGUUUCGUUUAUUGAAGUGUAUAAUGAGCAUCUUUUUGACUUAUUAGUGCCAUCGACUAGCAGAUACGAGACUAAGCUAAGCUUAGGUCAGGAUAAAAAUGGAAAUGCUUAUGUUAAAGGAUUACGUGAAAUAUUCGUAACCUCGGCUAGAGAGGCUUAUGAAAUCCUGAAGUUUGGGCAAAAAAAUUUGCGCAUAGCAUCGACAAAAUUAAAUCAUCAGUCUAGCAGAAGUCAUUGCAUUUUUAAUAUAAAAAUGGUUAAAAUUGAUGACAUUGAAAAUCAUAAUGAAGCCAGAAUUAAUAAAUUAUCAUUCUGCGAUUUGGCCGGCUCCGAAAGGUCUUCAAAAACACAAAAUGUCGGAGAACGUCUAAAAGAGGCAGGCAACAUAAAUACAUCUUUAUUAGUUCUUGGACGCUGCAUCGAAACUUUGAGACAAAAUCAGGUUCACAAAGAGAAGAAAGUUAUACCUUACAGAGAGAGUAAAUUAACUAGAAUAUUCCAAUCUGUCUUUACUGGAAAAGGUCAAGCUUUGAUGAUUGUUAAUGUGCAUCAGUGUUCUAGUAUGUUUGAUGAAACACUUAAUGUAAUGAAAUUUUCUGCUAUAGCAAAACAGGUUAUUACUACAGAUGUAGUAAACACAAGCAAAAUAAUGGAUUGUCUAACUGAAAUAUGGAUAAGAAAUAGUAGUAGUUGGACAACUUUCAAUAAAGGAAGAGCAAGAAAAAGUUCUUCGUUUACAAUUGAUGAAACAGUGGAAGAGGAAGAUGAUGAAGAUCAAGACAGAGAUGAUGAACAACGUAUAAAACUGUAUUAUGAAAUGGAACAAUUGGUAAAAGAUUUAGAAAAACAAUUGGUAGAAGCUAAAAUAGCAAAUGCUCUUAUGGAGUCACAAAUUCGUGAAGAAGUUUCGGCAGAAUACGCAGAACACAUGAAUGAAAUAGAAAAAGCUUACAGAGAACAGUUAAGAAAAGUACAACAAAAUGCAGACGACUUUAUAAGAGAAGAAAUUGAAAUAGUCCAUCAGAGGUAUAAUGAUUCUGAAGGAAGCGAAGAUGACGACGACGACAGUUACGAGGAGGAAGAGGAAACAGAAGAAUUGAAUGAAACAAGAAAUUUUGAAAAUACAUCUGUACAAGGAAUUCAUAAAGAGGAAUCGGAAAAUGAAGAUGAAUGCGCGAAGGUGACUAAUGAUCAACCAAACGUUGAAAAUAAUGAUGAUAUGAAUAAUGAAUUAAUCAGUCAGUUAACAGUAAUGAAGAAUGAAAUUACAGAUAUAAAAACAUUUAGAGAUAAUUUGAUUCUUGAAAAUGAGAGGUUAAAAGCUGAAUAUUCUAAUGAAGUGAAACAGGCACGUGAUAAAGAUACCGAGAUUUCAAGGUUAAAGGAAGAGGUGAAAAAUCUAGAAAGUCAAUUUUCUAAAAAGAAUUACGAUCAAGAUGAUGUAAUAUUAAAACUGAAGGAAAAUGUGAAAAAUUUGGAAAUUCAACUGACUGAAAAGAAUAAAGAAAUAGCAGAACAAGCAAAUGUCGUAUUGAAGGCUGGAGAAGUAUUUUCUGAAAAAGAAAGUGAAAUCAUAAAAUUGGAUUCAAUAAUUAAAUCUAUUAAAGAGCAGAAUGAUUUGCAGAAGUCCGAAGUUGCGUCAUUAAUAGAAAACUUGAAGAAGACUCAAACACUGUUAGAAUCUGCUAAUAACAGCAUCAAUGAAAAGGAGAUUGAAAAUCAAAAGCUCAAAGAAGAAUUGAAAUAUCUUCAAGAAUCAAGAUGUAUUGCCACACCUAAAAAAUUACUGAAUGCAGAUGGUAGAAUAAAUGAAGUACGUGUUAAACUAGAAGAAGCUUUGAAAGAGAAGUUGGAAUUACAAAAUAAUUUAGAAAACUUAAAGAAAGAAUUGGAAGAAACUCGUCUCAAUAAUAUGAAAGAGAAAGCGGAAAUAAAAUUAUCCUGUGCUCAAAACGUGAGUGCAUAUUCAGAACUGAAGGAUAAACUCUCUCGCAAAGAAUCUGCAUUAGAAGAAACGAAGAAGAAAUAUGAAAAUAAUGAAGCAAUACUGGAAGAAAAAAAUAAAAUAAUAGAAUCAUUGAAGAACGAAAUUGUUAAUUAUCAGUUGCAAGUAUUGGAAGGUGAGACACUACGAGAAGAGAUGGAAUCCUUGAAGACGGAGAAAGGUAAAACCCAGAAAAUUUUAUCCGAAGCCACAAAACAAUUGAAGAAGAUGCUUUACAGUGAGGAAGAUAAUGUCAUACUGCUUAUGAAGGAAAUGUGUAAAAAGUGGAAUGAGAUAAAUAAUUUGAUCUGUUUCUUAGAAGAGAGAUUAUAUGUAAUGGGAGAAAGUCUUCACUUUACUGAGGAAAACUAUAAUUCUGAAAUUAGGACCUUAACUGAAGAAAUUCACAUUCUAAAAGCCAAGAGUGCAGAGAAUACAUCACAUGCAGAAUUAGUUGAGAAGUUGCAAAAUGAAAUUAUGGACUUUAAAAAUGAACGUGAAAGGUAUGUUGAAGAAUGUAGAGCAUUAAAAGAACAAAAUGAGAUGCUUUCUAAACUUGAAGUUGACAUUAAAAAGAAAGAUGAUGAAUGUAAUAGUAUUUUAUAUGAUCUUCAGAUCAAUAAAGGCAGAUAUGAGGAUGUCUGCAAUGUAAUUAAUAAAAUAGAAGAAAAAUUGGAAUUAGAUGAGGAAACAGAUAAAAUUCAGGAUGAUACAGACAGAAUGAAUAAUUUUUUAAAUAAUUUUGAUAACUUUUAUAAAAAAUAUGAAUUACUGAAAGAAAAAUAUGAACAGAAGCAGAAGGAAAUUGGAAAUUUGAAAGGUUCUGUAGAUGAAAUGCAUAUAAAAUACACAAAGCAAGAGGAAGAGUAUAAAAGUAUUUUAUACAAUCUUGAAAUAAAUAAAGGCAGAUAUGAGGAUGUCUGCAAUGUAAUUAAUAAAAUAGAAGAAAAAUUGGAAUUAGAUGAGGAAACAGAUAAAAUUCAGGAUGAUACAGACAGAAUGAAUAAUUUUUUAAAUAAUUUUGAUAACUUUUAUAAAAAAUAUGAAUUACUGAAAGAAGAAUGUGAACAGAAGCAGAAGGAAAUUGAUAAUUUGAAAGGUUCUGUAGAAGAAAUGCAUAUAAAACACACAAAACAAGAUAAUGAAUUACAAAUGCAUAUAUUGAAGUUAGAAGAAAGUUUAAAGCAAAAAGAAGUUCUUAAUGUAAAUAUAAGCCAGCUUAAAAAACAGUUGGAAGAAUAUAGAGAAUUGGAAGAAGCUAAAUUUGAAAAAUGUGAGAAAGAAAAGGAAGAGUUAAAGGAAAAAUUGAAGACAGUUCAACAGGAAUUUGAUAACAUUAAGAAAAAUUUUGAGAAAGUAUCAAAAUUUCAGAAUGAAGAAAUGGAAAAAUAUAAAAAUAAUCAAAGUUCCAUGCAGACAGUUGUUAAAGACUCAGAAGAAACGUAUAAAGUUUCUGGCGAGAAAUCACCCGAAAAGAAUGAAGAGAAAACAAAUGACAAUAUUCGAAAAAGUACUCGACCGAAGAGGAGGAAGAAACUGUUUGAGUAUUAUCAUAAUUCCUCUGAAAGUUCUUUUGACACAAAAGAAAACGCAGUGGAAACAAUAACAUCAAAGCGGAGGACGACAAGAAAGAAAGUCGCAAAGAACGAUUCUUCUUCAGAAGAAGAAUAUCCUCCUGUCAGGAGAAGGAGACAACCGCAAAGAUGUGCAAAAAAGAUAGAUGUAGAUACGGAAAAUAAACCUUUGCAACUGCCACCAACACAGGUUGAAAUGAAAUCGCCUCUUAAGAAAAUUAGUAGCUUCAUUCGUGAUAAAUCACCUGUUUUCAGUGCAGUGACUCAGUCAGUUCUGAAUAUCAUCUCUGGCUCUACUGAUAAUGACAAGUCUGUACCGCAGACUUCGUCGCAGAAGACAAAACGGCGUAGACUAUUUCUGGCCAGCAGUCAGUUGUGUGCCAUCUCGCCAGUCGAGGCAGAGGAAAAGGAAACCAAUUCCCUGCAUACGGUCGUCACUCGGCAGCUGAGGACACGUAAUCAAAGAAAAAACUAUGCAAUGUGAUUUUACAUUUGUUCAAACCAAGUAUGUCUUAUUAUUUUCUAAGAACCAGAAUUCAUCAAGAAAGGAAUUUAUACAAACCAAUAUAAAGUAUUUUGAUUGUAAAUGUCUGUUUGCAGCAAUUUGAUCAAAUCUUUGAUUGGAAUUUUGAUAGCUGUAUUAAAGAAUCUUAGUUUACAAGAAAGUAGAUCAACAUUAUGACAAAUUUUAAAAGGUAGCAGUUCCUUGUUUAAAAAAUUAGGAAAUAAUUUUUGUUAACAGUGGAAUAUAUUCAAACAAAAGUGAUUAGUGUAAACUGUAGAUGAUUUGAUAGAAGAUUUUGUAAUGUGUAAUUUAUAAAUUAAGUGUUACACUGAUUUUUUUUUCUUCUCAUUUUAAGUGAAAUUUAAAAUUGUUAAAACUUGAAGUACAUGGAAAUAAAUAUGAUCCUCAUCAUAUUUAAUAACAUAUCUCAUCCAGUUUGCUUAAUUACAAAACAGUUGAAAAGCGCAACUGUCUUCAUCUGUGAAAAAGUACAA